GAGGGGCCGCGGAGCAGUUCCGGGGCAAGUGUCGCCGGCAGCGGCGGUUGCCCGGGGGAUGAGCUCGGAGAAGGGGAACGUGUCGCGCACGCGGCCCCAGCGCUACCAGAACGCGCGCGCCUUCAGGAACGACAAGUACGACACCAGCGCCCGCCGCAAGAAAAUAAAUGCUAAGCUUCAUGAUGGAGUGUGUCAGCAUUGCAAAGGUAUCUUGGAGUGGCGGGUAAAAUUCAGCAAGUACAAACUACUAUCAAAACCUAAAAAAUGUGUGAAGUGUCUCCAGAAGACUGUAAAAGAUCCUUACCAUAUUAUUUGUCGACCAUGUGCUGGUAAACUAGAAGUUUGUGCUAAAUGUGGAAAAGAAGAAGAAAUAGUAAUUCCGAUUGAUAAAGGACAAGACAGAACUCAGAGUGUGACUACUAAAAACAGCCAAGAGAGCAGUGGAUUGGAGGAUGGGCUGGAUUUUGAUACAAAUGUCAGUAGUACAGACAGUGGUGAAGAUUCUGAUGUGCUUGAAGAACGAUUUAAAAGUAUGAAUUUUGAAAGGACAGAGAUCUAAAAGGUUGAGUUUAUAUGAGAGACUACACGUAUUCAAAAGUGGUGAACCAAUGUUUGCCUUAAACUGCUCUGAAAAUGUGUUUUGACACCUAAGGUCCUUGCAUAUAAAUGUUGGCACUAUGUAUUAUGAAGCUUUUGCGGGGUUUUGUAUAAAUAAAUAUUUUUUUGUAUUAAGAGCAGAAUUGCUUGUGGAAAGAUUCAGAAAUUGAGUCUUUAAGCAUAGUUACUUCUUGCAUACAUGUAACAACUUCCUGCUUCUCUGGAGUAAAGCCCCUUUUUCUAAUUGUUCCAAAUUCAAUAUUAUGCGACUGUUGUAUUGCCACUUGGAAAGCUACAUGAAAGUCUAGAAUAAAUACAGAGUCUUGUCAUAAAAAGGAAGAGCUAAACCAACAGUUUGCUGAAGGAAGAAUUUGCAACUUCUGUCAGUGAGUUUACAAACAGGGACAAAAUACCAAAUGUUAAUUACCCUUAUGCCUGUUGUUUCUUUUCUGUGUGAAAAAAGAGGGCCUAAAUGCCAUCACCAAUACAGUUCAUGAGCAGUUAAUGCUUAUUUACCAUAUAGAAUUACACAUUACAAAUUUGUGACCUUGUUAUUCCCAAUGUUUUUAAAAGAAAAAAACUGAAGACGUUUUAGAUUCUUGUAACAGGUGUCACUUCCUUUUCCUUUGACUGAAGAUCUAAUGUAGUUUGCUCAGAUGCGAAAACACUUCUGUAGUGUAGUGAUGCUUAUAUAGUUACUCUCUUCCUACUUGCAGUUCUUUCUGGGGGUUAUUUCAAUGUAGAUUUAAGCUCUAGGAAGAACUUAACUGAAUUUGCAGUUAACUAUCUUUUAUGGGACUCAGGAUGGUUUGAUUUCUUCUGUACUGUCUGCUACCUCUAUAAAUAAAGCUGAAGAAGUACUUCCUAGUAAUUAAAUGGUUUAACCUAUGACAAUAUACUAUGCCGUUUUUACUAACUGCAUAACAGCUACACAUCUGCUUUAGUGUUCUGCCUGAUUUGCAGUAGUGGGCAUCAAAAAAUUUGAUUCCCGAACUACCUUCUUCAAGUGAAUUGUGAGGGACUUCAGCUCUGGGAUUAUUACAUACAGAUACACCCCUACCCCCAGUGGGGGAAAUACUGAAACUUUAUCCUUUGGGUGGAGAUAGCUACCCUGGGGCUGCUGUACUUGACCUUAACUUUAAAGAAAAUCUAGUUACCAGGAUGUGGAGUACUAAGACAUGCAGCUCUCAAUAGCCUAGAAACUUCUGAUUUAAAGGACAACUUUAGUAUCGACAGUAACAGGCAACAGCAAAAUUCUUGUAAUCAGUCAUGGAAGAGUGAGCUCUUACUGUUUUUUCUUAACUGUGUAGGUGCUUGUCACUACACAUAAGGCCUUAAGAAUGAGCUUUUUCUUUUACUAUCAUUUAUUUAGAUAUGUCUUUCACUUUUGUAUUGUACAUUAUAACACCCUUUCAACUUUUCUAAACUAUUUCUAAGUUUGUAUCUUAAUAUCUAAAACAUGCUUUUGUAAUGGUCUUUAAGGACUAGUAAUCUGCUUGUUUUUUCUUUUUUUUCUUUUUUGUUUUUCCUUUUCUGUGCUGCCCUUGUGUUGUUGAAUAAUUUGAUUCCCUAAGGUUAUUUUAAUUUUUCUGUCCCAUCUACAUCUUUUGCACAGGUAGAUUUUUGCUAAGUAUUUUGUGAUAACCACUAGCAGUAAACUAUUGAAAAACAUUCUACUGGUCUUCUCUGUUCCCAUGAUGCAUUGUGACUUUUGUGGCUUUUCACUGAGACAAAGUCUAAAGUUUACUGAGUGUUUGGGUGAUAUUCUUAUUACAUAGUUGUUUGCAGUCAUAAAGGACUAGGACUGAUGACCCAAACAACCCAUCUUCUUUCUCCACCCACUCUAUAAAUACGUUGUUUGUAAGCUAAACCACUAGUCUUGUGAUUAAACAUACUGUUUUUUUCACUUAACUGCAACUAAUACAAAACAAGAAAUUCAGAAGUUUAAAAUUGUAGAAGGGAAAUGGUUUGUCUUGGAAAAGUCAGUGAAGCUGCAAAGCACCAAGAGGUGCUUAGUGACAGAAAAGGAGGUUGUCUGCUGUGUUUAGAAGUGACUGGAAAUUGGUCUGAAGGUCAUGUUGGCGUUGACAGAUAAGUCCUCCCAACAGGACAGCAGCGAUGUCUGACUUAGUGUGACAUUGCCUGUUGUCCUGCCCACUAGCGUUGAUAAAGACAGAGUGGACAAGGAAUAUCCCCCCUACACACUGCAGAACACUGUGUUGGUGGGGUAGAGAGAGUUAAUAAGUAAUCUGGAGUUAGCUUCAGGAAGGGUCUCUGAAGGGGAAACCAUGAGUGUCAUCAAAAGUGAACUUGGCUUUUGAAAAUUACAUACGUAUGGGAAAUGUUCUUCCACUUGGAAAAAUUAGGUAAUGGCCUAGCCCUUUGCCCAAAGGUGAGAGGAAAUCCUGAAAUGAUAGGAAAACAUGUCAUGGAACUGGCAGGAGCUGUAUAAUGAGAAAAUCAGGGGAAGGGCUCUCAAAGUGGUGACACAAGCUGUCAGUGCUGGGGAAGAGCAGUGCCACACAGAUGAGCAACGUGUAGCAACAAAACACAAAUGUUAGUGAAAGUUCUCUGAAGUUAGCGUCUUCAUGUCACACAACUAAUGCUCUGUUUGGAGUUCAGGUGGGCAGUUGAUACUACAGUUGAUGAAACUGCUGUGAGCAAGCACAGCUGCAGUGGUGGCUGGCUGGUGUUAGUCCAACCUCUCUGAAGACAGCUUUUAGUUCUGGCAAGUGUUCUGUCCUUUAGUCAUGACUGCAGUUAAAACAUACACUGCUGAAAUGAUUGCUGCAACUAAAACCAUGUACGAUGGUGGUUGUGAGUCAGCUUGCACAAUUGCUAAUUUGGAGUCUGGGCACAUUUGCUAUUACAGGAAAAAGGAAUUUGUAUUUUACUGAAGACACCUCUAACAGCAAUAAAAGGAACAAUUUUAGUUUUGUUUAAUUUUGACUGAAGUUAGAACAUAUUUGGAAUUACAGUAAGAUACUAUUUUUCUAAGACAGUUAAGUAAUAGUUCUGAAUUUUAAGGUGGGGUUUUUUGUGAAGAACUUGUUGAACAGAAGAUUCUGCAGGGGCAGGACCGCUCCUCAGUAAAUUCAUAUAUAGAUGGGAAAAUAAAAAAGGAAGGAGAUCAAAAGUCAUCAAAGAGAUUUCUGAGAAAAUCUUUAGGGUAGUUGCAUAAGAGGAAGAAUCUUUAGAGUUUUUAAAGAAUAAUGAAUUUGUGUUUCUAAACUUCAGAAGAGGGGAAAUAAUAGUACCACCAUGCCUGCAGGGUAUUGAGAUGCAGUUUAAACGAUCUACCUAGGGUGACUGAUCGGGGGUUUCAGGAAUUUAACUGAACCUUGUGGGUCUUUAAUGAGUACGUUACUGAAGAAGAGAAUGGUAGAUGCUAAUAAUUAGUCAUCCGAAGGAUAAAGGUGAUGCAGUGAUGCUGCUGACACAGUUGGAUUCCUGUUAACUGAUUGUCCUUAGGAGUGUUACCAAUUCUCAUUUACUGUGACUCAACACUGACAGUAAUUAAUUAGAUAAUGGACUGUCAGUAUGUGUAAGGCAGGCGCGCAAGAUGAUUCUUACUUCACAAGGGGAAAUGUUUAUCAUAGGCUUGAGCUGUCAGAACUUGUCAUUGUUGACUUGUACAGGUUUCCAGAAAACUGAAUUCCUAUAUAUAAGGAUUUGUUAGGACAAUCUGGAUUCAUUGCAGUAUGAGGAGAGUCCGGUAUGGACACAGAGCUGCCUUCUAGCAUAAUUCCAUAAUGAUCUUCUCUGUCAAAGUUUGCAGGCAUCUCUGAGACAUCCUAUCAUCAAAUGUUUUGAAGUAUCAGGCGGUACAAAAAACAUUGCCCAAUGAUUUACUUAUGGUUUUGCAUGGGCUGGGCUCUUCCAUUCUUGACUUAGCUACUGAUUAAUAUAUAUUCCUCUAAAGUACUAAAAUAAUAACAGCCUCUGAAGGUUUACAGGACUAUUGGUUAAUUAGGAAAAGGGUGGCUUGUUUUCUCCCUAUAAUGGGCAUGUAAUUGGAUGCUGAGAUGCAAAUCAUAGCAUUAGUAAGGAAAAGAGAGGAAAAUAUAGCAGGUAAUCAAAUGUGAGCCACCUUGUAACCCUCUAGCCCUACAAUUAUAUGUGUUUUCUUUGUUCAGGAGUUCUCACAAGUAAACAGAUGCUGGUAGAAAAUGCAGAACUACCCCUGCUUAUAGGAAACAUCAGGCUGACUUACGGAGUAAAUGUAGAAAGGUUUCUAAGUAGCAUGGAGAGACAUGCACACUGUCAGCAUCUGAUUUACUUCAUUCUGCUGCCUACCUUUUAUCUGAAAGCUAUUAAAAAACAGAGCUGUAUAUGAAAAAGAAAGUAUGUGCUCUGCAUACAUACAUGCUCUCAUCACAUACAGUGCGUGUAUAAAGUAGGGUUCCUAAACCUCAAAACAGUUGAAAAUACACUGGUAUUUGAAGUGAGGUAGCUCUGUCUAGGGACUGCUAACACAUUCUCAGACAAAUCACCUGUAACAGACUAGAAAUAUUUGGCGUAUUUCAGGUAGCAGAUUUUCCUGUUGGAGCCUCUAAAAUAGUUAAGAUGAAAUCAUAUGGGAGUUAUCUUUUCUUCUGCUGAAGUCAGUGAGAAAACAACUAUUUGUAAUAAUAGGGAUAGGACUCAUAAUUCAGUCAUCAAUAAGAAGCCUGAAUUUGAGGAUCUGAAAACAGAGGCUGAAGACCACAUCCAACACAUUAAGAUUUGACCUGAAUUUCAGGUAUGUGUAGCAUUUGUACUUGCAUUUGCCUUUGAUACAGCUUUAGAAACCCAAAUUAAAAGGGUCUGGUGUAGUCUCCUAACUAAAAGCGCUUUGAAAGCAGUACCAAAUAUUGUAAUAUUUUUCUUAAAACUGCAACGUAGGAGACCAUGUUUUUGUACAAAAAAAAUAUGGAUUAUGCAUGUUCCUGAAUGGCAGCACUCACUUGAAAUCUCUCUUUAGGACAGCUUGCAUUUCUGAGUCUGAAGUUUGUCACAGCUAUGGUCCUUGCACUUGGCAUGCUGUUUCCUAAAUCCUGUGUGAGCAAGGGUGACAUAAUGUGUAAAAAAAUUCUGUAAAGAGUAUCCAUAGUUUACAUAUUAGUAUAUGUAGCAGCAGUGAAACUUGUAGCAUUUAUUAAAUCAGUAAUUGCAAGCUA